GAGGCUGAGGGAGGCCGCCCGCCUGCGCGCCUACAAGGCCGCCUGUCCCAGCAUUCCUUGGCUGAGCAAGAUGGCGGCGCCCGGCGAAGGUCGGCGCUUCUCGCCCGCCGGCUUCUUCUCCUUCCUGCCCGGGGGCGCGCGGGCCCACGAGACCAAGGAGGAGGCGGCGACGGAGACGGCCGGGCCCAUCGGGCCCGUCGGGGAAACUGCCGCGCGAAAGCGGCCCUGCCGGGCCUGCGUCGACUUCAAGACGUGGAUGAAGACGCAGCAGGCGCGGAACCACUCGGGAAGCGGGACGCAGGUCGCGUUGGAAAACAAGUUGCCAGCUGAUUGCCCCCUGGAUCGGGAGGAGUUGGGGCGAAACACUUGGGCAUUCUUACACACAAUGGCUGCAUAUUAUCCUGACUGCCCUACUCUAGACCAGCAGGAAGAAAUGGCCCAAUUUAUACAUCUAUUUUCCAAGUUUUUCCCAUGUGAUGAGUGUGCUGAAGAUAUAAGGAGAAGGUUGAGCAGAAACCAGCCAGACACCAGCAGUCGGAACAGGCUCACCCAGUGGCUCUGCCGUAUACACAACGAGGUCCAUCUCCAUUCCUAUUCUGAAGGCUGAAAAAGGAACUUGGCCUUCAUCUACCUGAUGGAACAGUGUGGGAAGACUGGCCCUAUGUGACUCAUAUGUGCAUCUGAUUUGCAUCAUGCGACUAACUGGGGCUAGGUUUGGGCCCUGCAGAAAAUACUGGGAGAUCUUCCUGUAACUGGAGAAAGAAGGGAAAAUUUACUCCACCCAAUUGAAUGCCAGGUCCCUGUGGAGUCCUGGACAUAAGCAGUGUGGUAUACAGGAAGACAUACACCCUAGGAAUCAGGAAGACCUGAGUGUUGAUCCCAGCCUUGACGUCUAGCCUUGGAUAAGUAUUUUUACCUCUGACCCUGCAUUCUCAUUGAAAAGUGGGAUUUAUAGUCUCAUCCUGCCUCUUUUGUGGGCUUUUAGGAGGAUCAAAUGAGAUAGAAAAAUCACUUUGUCAACUGUGUUCAGAGCAGGCUCCAGCCUCUGACUGAUCUGGGAAAGUCUAAGGUAGGAACCUCCUACAUUUUGGUAUGAAGGGGAGCUUCCAUCCUGGCUAGGGCUACCUUGAAGGGAACAUUUUGAUUUCCAGUUGUUGGGAUUGGAAGACAUUCUUUUGAACUCAUCUUCCCCAACCUUCCCUUUACUAAAUUUCCCUAUUACUGUUGAGGGUACAAUAUCCUCUCAGUCCUCCAGGCUCUUCCAGUGAAAUCUUUGACCCCUCACUAUAUCUCACAUAUCAUAGCUAACUAGCCAACACCUGUCACCUUUUGCAAAAUUUCUCAAAUAUGUCCCUUUCUCUGCUCUAACAUUGCUACCCCCUUGGUACAGGCCCUUGUUACCUCACAUUGGUACCAUUGCAAUAACUUGUUGGAUUUGCCUGCCUCGAGUCUCUACCCACUCUGAUCUAAAUUCAGCCACUAAAGUGAUUUUCCUGAAGCAUAGGUCUAUGUCAGUCCUCUACUGAAUAAACUCCAGUGACUCCUUAUCACCACCAACAUCAAAUAUAAAAGCCUCCCACCUUUCUGGUUCUCUUUAAACUUUGCACCCUUACGUGAAUUCUGUCUGGUCACACGGUCCAUCUUGUGUGCCUUGUACAAAACACUCCAGCUCCUGACUGGACGUUUUUACUGGUUGUCUCCCAUACUUGGAAUGUUCUCAUAUCUGCCUCCUGGCUUGCUUUAGGUCCCAGUCAAAAAUCCUACCUUCUACAAGAAGACCCUCUAAAUCUCUUUUAAUUCUAGUCUUUUUCUUCUGUUAAUUAUCUCCAGUUUAUCUGUAUAUAGCUUGUUUUUACAUACUUGUCUGUAUGUUG